AUGCUGGUACUUUAUUCCCUUCUUCAUUGGAGGUAUUUGUACGUUGACCACUAUCUGAACCAAUCCUGUACAACAAAGACUGACAUCCCCUUUUUCAAACCUUCAGUCCAAAUCAUCGGAUACGUCUGCCGCGUCAUCGCCCGCAAUAACCUCUCCUCCGUGGGCAUAUACGCUAUGCAAUCGGUGUUGAUCCUUCUCGCACCCCCGCUAUACGCCGCAUCAAUCUACAUGGUUCUCGGUCGAACAGUCACGUACCUCAACGCCGAAAACCUCAGUCUCGUCCGCGUCCGCUGGAUGACCAAGAUCUUCGUUUCGGGCGACAUUUUCUCAUUCCUGCUUCAAGCCGCCGGCGGUGGUCUCAUGGCGUCGAGUAAGACGAGCACUCGUGAAACGGGUUCAAACGUCGUCAUUGGAGGUCUAGUCGUGCAGCUUCUUUUCUUCGGAUUUUUCGUCGUCGUCGCUGCUAUCUUCCACUAUCGCAUUGAAAAGAAUCCCACGUCCAAGUCUCAGAAUGAGAGGACUACCACGAGGGCUCAGGGCUGGCGUCAGCGCAACUGGAUGACCGUGUUGUUGGCCUUGUACGUUGUUAGUGCCCUGAUCUUGAUUCGGUGCAUUUUCCGCCUCGUCGAGUACAAGGGUGGGUUUAAUGGAUAUAUCAUGACGCAUGAGGCGUUUGGGUAUAUUUUCGAUGCGUUGUUGAUGUUCAUUGCCAUGGUUGUCAUGAAUGUGUAUCAUCCCGCAGUGAUUCUGGGGGAUGGAAAGGGCGGGGGUAUGCCAUACUCUGAGUACAGCGAGAAUGUUCGGUUGUAA